CGAGGCGCAUUGGCGGGACGAGAGGACGUAGGCGGGACGCGCGCUUUUCCGGGCCAGCCCUAAGCCGCAGGCGCGCUCCAGCUCUCGCGAGAGCGGCGCUUCCUGAAAGCGAGGGUUAUAAAAUAAAUGACAUGUGAAAAUCAGUUUCAUCUGCCAUGGAAAAACGUGAAACAUUUGUACAAGCGGUGUCUAAGGAGUUUGUUGAAGACUUUUUGCAAUUUGUUCAACUUCAUAAAGAUGCCUCUGACCCUUUCAAUCUAAAUGAGUUAUUGGAUGAAUUAUCAAGGAAACAGAAAGAAGAACUAUGGCAAAGGCUCAAGAAUUUAUUAACAGAUGUGUUGUUAGAAAGCCCAGUGGAUGGGUGGCAGAUGGUAGAAAUCAAGUGUGAAGAUGACAUGGAAAUAGAACAUGAUUCAAAAAUGAAGAAAAACAUAGAAAUAAUUCAUGCAGUUACAUCUGUGAUUAUUACUUGUGUAUCUGUAAUAAAUGAAAAUGAGAACUAUGAAGCCUUACUAGAAUGUGCUGCCAUAUUAAAUGGUGUUUUAUAUGCAUUACCUGAAUCUGAACAAAAACUACGGAGUUCCGUUCAGGAUUUGUGUGUUACUUGGUGGGAGAAAGGCCUAUCUGCCAAAGAAGAUAUGGGAAAGACUGCUUUUAUCAUGUUAUUAAGGAAGAGUCUUGAGACUAAAACAGGUGCUGACAUAUGUCGGCUUUGGCGUAUUCACCAAGCUUUAUAUUGCUUUGAUUAUGAUUUGGAGGAAAGUAGAGAAAUCAAAGAUAUUCUACUUGAGUGCUUCAUAAGUGUUAAUUACAUCAAGAAAGAAGAGGGAAGAAGAUUUCUUAGUUCUCUCUUCAAUUGGAAUAUAAACUUUAUUAAAAUGAUCCAUGGGACCAUUAAAAACCAGUUACAGGGAUUACAAAAAUCUUUGAUGGUACACAUUGCAGAAAUCUAUUUCAGAGCUUGGAAAAAGGCUUCAGGGAAAAUAUUGGAGACAAUUGAGAAUGAUUGCAUUCAGGACUUCAUGUAUCAUGGAAUCAAUCUUCAAAGAAAGUCUCCAGUGCAUUCAAAAGUACGAGAGGUGCUGAGUUAUUUUCACCAUCAAAAGAAAUUUCGACAGGGAGUGGAAGAGAUGCUUUACAGAUUAUAUAAACCCAUCCUUUGGAGAGGAUUAAAGGCCAGAAACUCUGAAGUUCGAUCAAAUGCUGCGUUGCUGUUUGUUGAAGCAUUCCCUAUUAGGGAUCCAAACUUUAAUGCUGUUGAAAUGGAUAGUGAAAUCCAGAAACAGUUCGAAGAACUAUAUAGCCUUUUAGAAGAUCCUUAUCCAGUGGUCCGUUCCACAGGGAUCCUUGGUGUUUGUAAAAUAACGUCCAAAUACUGGGAAAUGAUGCCUCCAACCAUUCUUAUUGAUCUUCUAAAGAAAGUAACUGGGGAACUAGCUUUUGAUACAAGCUCAGCUGAAGUUCGUUGUUCUGUCUUUAAGUGUCUGCCAAUACUUUUGGAUAAUAAACUAAGCCACCCAUUAUUAGAACAGCUUUUGCCAACGCUAAAAUACAGUCUCCAUGACAAUUCUGAGAAAGUGAGAGUGGCUUUUGUUGAUAUGCUGCUGAAAGUUAAAGCUGUGAGAGCUGCUAAGUUUUGGAAAAUAUGCCCUAUGGAACAUAUUUUGGUUCGUCUGGAAACUGAUUCUCGGCCUGUGACUCGGCGCCUGGUAAACCUCGUCUUCAGCUCUUUCCUGCCUGUGAAUCAGCCAGAGGAAGUGUGGUGUGAGCGCUGUGUCACCCUGAUCCAGAUGAACCAUGCAGCUGCCAGGAGGUUCUAUCAGUAUGCCCAUGAACACACUGCCUGCACUAACAUAGCAAAGCUGAUUCAUGUUAUCCGUCGUUGCUUAAAUGCCUGCAUCCACAAAGCAAUAAGAGAGUAUCAAGAGGAGGAUGAAGAGAGGGAAAAGGAGAACGUGAGUGUUCUGGACCAAACACUGUCAGUAAAUGAUGUUGCAUCCAUGGCGGGUUUAUUAGAAAUCAUUGUAAUUCUCUGGAAAAGUAUUACUAGAAGUAUGGAAAGUAAUAAAGAAGCCAAAGUUUACACCAUUAACAAGUUUGCCACUGUGCUUCCACAGUAUCUUAAAGUAUUUACGGAUGAUCGCUGUAAGACUCCUGUAUUUAUGCUAAUGUCCUUUGUGCCAGCCUCUGCUGUCCCUCCCUUCAGCUGUGGUGUUAUUUCCACAUUAAGAAAUCAGGAAGAAGGAGCUGUAGAUAAGAACUAUUGUACUUUGUUAGAUUGUCUUUGCUCCUGGGGACAAGUGGGACGUAUUCUGGAGCUCAUUUACGAUUGGUUGCCAGAGGAACAGUCCCAAAGCAAGAGUAAUUCAGCUUCUAAACGUAAAGUGCAAAUUCAUGAUACACGCCCAAUAAAACCUGAAUUAGCCUUAGUUUACAUAGAGUAUUUGCUGACUCAUUCAAAGAAUCGAGAAUGCUUGCUAUCUGCUCCCAGAAAGAAACUGAACCAUCUUCUGAAAGCACUUGACACAUCAAAGGUAGAUCUAGAAUCAAUUUUGCAGUCACCCUGUGAAAACCCCCCUAACUUCAGUCAAGCAACAGCCCUGCAAGCUUUCAGUCUCCAUUGUCGACUGAGUGUUCAUCUUCAGCACAAGUUUUGCUCAGAAGAAAAAGUUUAUCUGUCCAUUUUGGAAGACACUGGAUUUUGGUUAGAAAACAAAGUUUUAUCUAUUAUCCAAGAGCAAGAAGAAGAAUAUUUGAAGCUUCAUAGGGUCAUUUAUCAGCAAAUCAUCCAGACCUAUCUGACUGUGUGUAAAGAUGUGGUGAUGGUUGGCCUUGGUAAUUGUAAAUUUCAGUUACAACUUUUACAACGAAGUCUUAGAAUCAUGCAAACAGUGAAGGGAUUUUUUUAUGUUUCAUUACUUCUUGGCAUUCUGAAAGAGAUAACUGGAAGUUCCUUAAAUCAGAAACCAGAUUCAAAUGAAGAAGUUGUAACACUUUUUGACGCAGUUCAGAAAGUAUUUCAGAAUAUGUUGGAAUGUAUUGCACGGGGCUUCAAAAAGCAACCAGAAGAAGGCCUGCGGCUACUUUAUUCUGUUCAGACACCUCUGCAUGAGUUUAUUACCACCAUUCAGUCUUGGCACAUGAAUAAGCCCGUUCACCGGGGAGUGCUUUCUACUCUGAUUGCUGCACCGGUGGUGGAGAUAAGUCACAAACUGCGAAAGGCUUCUGAUAUGGAAGAGCUUACUCCACCAGAGUGUCUUGCAGACCUUCCACCGUUUUCAAGAUGUUUAAUAGGAAUAAUAAUAAAGACUUCCAGUGUGGUCAGGUCAUUUUUAGAUGAACUAAACGCAUGUGUUACUUCUGACGACAUUGAAGGCAUUGUAUGUCUGACAGCUGUUACACAUAUUAUUUUGGUUCUUAAUAAAGGUAAACAUAAGAGUUCAAAAGUGAAAGAGGUUGGAGCCGUCAUUCAGAGAAAACUAAAGACAUUCAUGGAAAUAACUUUGCAAGAAGAUAGCAUUGAAAGAUUUCUCUAUGAAUCAUCAACAAAAACGUUGGGUGAACUUUUGAAUUCAUGAACAAGCAGACAUCUUUGGAUAUGUAGAACUAGAAAAAAAGGACUUACAGAAAAUAUUUGAAAUGAAUGUUUAUUUUCCUAGAGUAUUUAGAAAACUAACAGGGAAGGGGUGGGAUUUUUUGGCAGGUGUGGGGAAGAAGCUGUGAGUAGAAAAUUCAGAAGUUCUUAAAAUUUGUCCAGUACCUGCAUAAGUGAUACAUUUAAUGUAUGAGAGCCUAGGUGGUUAUCAGUGGUGUAGAAAUCAAUGGUGCAAAGAAAGAAAAAGGACAGGUUUUCCUAGAAGACUUUGUUGUUCCAAAUGA